GAACACAUUUAUCCGAUCCGUCCAAAGCCGCCAUUCUCUCUCUCUCUCUCUACCUCCGACACCGAGCAUUCCCGCCCCAUCGACUCCCCGAUCCCGUUUCCGGCCGGCGUGAUCCCAUCAUCCCAUCAGUUUCUUUCUCAACCCCUCCUCACCAACCUGUUCCCCGAAGAACACCAAUACACCUCCGUCGCUCUCUAGGUUUACGUUGCGCAACGGUGGAUGUCGGUGAGAUUGGGGAGAACUGCCUUCUCUUUCGUGAUUGCCUGGAUUCUAACGGGUUACUAGGGGUGGUCAUGGGUGAUCGGUCGGUGUGGUUUAGGGCGAGGGUGUGAACAUGUGGUUGGGGGCAGGUUAUCGGACGUUUAGUAGCACCUUUUAAUCCGAGAAGGUGUUUAUUAGAAUGCUUGCUCCCAUUGUCGAUGUUGGCAUUUAGAAUAUUAUCUUUGGGAAGAAAUUGGUCCCAUGGCUGCUUCCUCUCCCGCCUCUAAUAACAGCAAGGCUGUUGAUUCUAUUACUGCUGCGAUCACAAAUGGUAGUGCAACGCCUCAACGAUCAAUGACCCUUGACCCACCGAAGCAGAACCUUCGUGGGCUUAACAAACCUAAGUGCAUUAAAUGCGGCAAUGUUGCUCGUUCAAGGUGCCCCUUUCAGUGCUGCAAGAGUUGCUGUUCCAAAGCUCAAAAUCCUUGUCAUAUUCAUGUUUUGAAACAAAAUGGUACUCUACCUGACAAACCACCGCCAUCCAGCUCGCCUUCAUUGGAACAACCAUCAACUGAUGCACCUUCAACUGGAUCUUCAUGGAGAUUGAAUUCACUCAGACAACUUUCCACUGCUUUUGCCAAUUCUCUACGAUCUAAGAAACCUCUUACCCGGAAGGAUGCUGCUAAUGUAAACAAGUGGAGGUUCAUGAAGUUGAAGGAGCACAUUGAAGGAAACAUUGAAGUUGAAAAUGAAGCAUUUGAUAGGUACAUGCAGAAUGUCAGUCUACUAGAGGAAACAUUCUCUGUUGUCGAGGGGCUCAAACUAGAGGACCAGCUAAUACUGGAAGACGCAUCUUCAGAGGACAAGAUUCAUCAGUUGGUAUCUGAGAUAAAAGUGAAGCUAAAAUCAAAUGUUGAAAGAGCAGACAGCUUCAGAGAGAGGAUUCAGAACCUCAUUAAUCAGAAGUUAAGGAAGUUGCAGGAAAGGGAGCUUUUUAAUGAUGAGGGAUCACCUGAUGAUGAAGAACAAGAUGCCAACAGAGAGUUCAAAAGACUAAAGAAAGUUAUACAAUGGCAUGUUGAGAGAUAUGCAGCGGUGAAUGAUCUUAUGGAUAAGUUGAAUAGAGCACGAAGUGAAGAUGAUCUGAAAUCUUGCUUGGAGUUGAAGAAUCAACUGUUCAACCAUUCUGAUGUUAAUUCUGUUGACAAAUCUAAGGAUCCUAAUUCUGAGGAUAAAAUGGUGCACAAAGAAGAGUCAGACAGUUUGUCUGCUCUCUCAUCCUAUUCUUUGCCUAUGGUUUAUACAACUGUUCGUACCAAUCAGGCUGCGCUCUCUAAUGUCGAUGCUGAAUUUUCAUCUCUUGGUCAAAUUGCUCAAUUGUGACUCAAAGCAUUUACAAAACCAUGAUCUUAGAUUCAGUGUAAUCAAUACCGCAAUUUUCUGUGGAAUAUGUACCUGAGGAGCUUGUAGCAAUGCGGCAGAUACCCUGAAAACGUAGACUGGCAGGUGAUGGCAGUUUGUCCUAGGCUUUUUUAGUGAAAGAAAUUUGCUGCUAUCGCAUGAAGCAGCAUAUUGUUUUCCUUCAGUUUCCACGUUCCAGUCAUGUAUCACAACAUGUGAAUUAUCCCACCUAGUAUGUGUUUCUAUCUUCAUUGGAUAAUUUUGUCUAUUGCAGUUCCUCUUGUAACAUUUCAACUCAGGAUAAUUUAACAUAGUAACAUCUUAUGAUUAUGG